GACAGUCCAGCGAGAGCGCUUGAGCCUGGCGGAGUGUAUACGAAUUUCUCUGCGUGCAAACAAGAACUUUAAGUGCUAACGAGAAGUUGUAGUGCCACGUGACUCAGACCUCCAACCGUGAUACCAGUCGAGGCGCCAGAGGACACAGGACACAGGCCAGGGUGCCGGCUGUGUGGCCCUCCCGCCGCCGCCGGCGACCGAGUGUGACAGCUACCGGCCGUGCGCGGGCGGCGGACGAUGCGUGGCCGGUCGGUGCGUGGCCUGCAUCGCCGACAGCGACUGUCCCCACUCGUUCAGCUGUUUGCAGCAUCAGUGCCGGCCGGGGUACUCGGCCGGUCUGUGUCUGAGCAGCGCUCAGUGCGGCGGCGACCACCACUGCGUCAGCGGCCAGUGCCGGCCGCUGCUGGACGCCGGCGAACCGUGCCACUCGGGCGGCAGCUGCGGCUCGGGCAGCUGCGUGCGCGGCUACUGCGCCCAGUGCUCGCAGUACCGGCCGUGCGCCGGCGGCGAGCUCUGCCUGCACGGCCAGUGCAAGGCGCCGGCCGAGAACGGCGGCGAGUGCUGGGUCAGCCUGCACUGCAAGUCGCGCGUCUGCUGGCACGGCACGUGCGCCGAGUGCGCGCACAGCGAGGACUGCGGCAGCGGCAGCUAUUGCCGCGCCGGCGUCUGCACCAGCAAGCUGGCCAUCCAGAAGCCGUGCGACGAGCACAGCCAGUGCUGGUCGGGCCUGUGCGGACCGCGCGGCGUGUGCGCCGACUGUCUGAGCAACGACCAGUGCAGCGAGGACCAGUACUGCUACGAGCACAGCUGCCGCAGCCGGCAGCCGCACGGCAUGGCGUGCCGCCGAGACCGCGACUGCCACACGGGCAAGUGCGGCGACAAGGGCCGCUGCGUGGUCUGCCUGACGCGCGCCGACUGCGCGGCCGGCGAGUACUGCUCGCCGUCCGGCUCCUGCGACCCGCUGCGCCAGCUGCACGAGAAGUGCGAGAACAACGACCACUGCCUGAGCAGGGCGUGCGGCAAGCUCGGCUACUGCGUCGAGUGCCGCACCAACCAGCAGUGCCGCAGCGGCGAGCGCUGCAGCUGGGGCGUCUGCCGGCCGCGCUACAAGUUCGGCGAGUCCUGCAGUCAAAACUCCGACUGCGACACAGAUCUCUGCCGCGACAAGACGUGCGUCGAAUGUGACCGGGACAGGGACUGCGGCGGCAACCGGUACUGCACCAACGCCGGCCGCUGUCAGGAGAAGCGCGCAGCCGGCGGCAAGUGCACGAGGGACAGCCAGUGCACCACCGGCCAGUGCGACACACGGACGGGCGACUGCGUCCAGUGCAAGGUCGACAGGCACUGCCGCGGACCGCCCAACAACGCAAACUUCUGCAUCGAAAACACGUGUAUGCAGGGAAUCCCGAACGGUGUGUGCUGCGCUACCAACUCUGACUGCCAGUCCGGCAGAUGUUCGAGGAGAAUUCGCCAGCGGAACACGAACGAGUGCCUCGCCAUGGGACGCAGGGGUGUCUGCAGAUAGGAGGCCACUGCCGGCGCCGGAUGAACUCGCAGCAAUUUGUCAAUAUUUUACGAGCGAGUGAGCAGUCCUCAGACAAGCAGGCUGGACAGUGGCCAUCCUUCAUGGUAGGAGCAACUUCAUAGUCACCACCAAGCAUAUCAAGCGGACGAUAAAUGGGACGGUUUGCGGCCAUUGGCUGUUUCCGCAAAACGAAGUCUGACGCUAUCAAUUAGCUAAAACAAACAUUAAAAUUGAAAUCCUCAACUUACGUGGAUAUUUUGUGCAUUUUUGAAGUACGGCUCGUUGAAACAUCGAGCGAAACAAAUGUCACACUUUCCCGGUUGCCUGUCACUUGUACCGUGCCAUGUUCUCGAUGUAAUUUUGUUACGGGCCUCGAGCCACUGUUAAUUGUGUAAGGAUACAUAUGACACAUUGUGUUUGUUUGUCACCAAUACAAGCACGUGCUA